UUGUUUGUUGAAAAUGCUAAAUGAGGAUUUAUAUAUGUUUAUAAGUGGGUAAUGGAUAUUCCCGUAUUUACUACGGUGGGUGAGUGGAGAUGCAAAGAAGAAGAAUGGAAAUUUGAACCAGAGGAAGGCAUGUUUGGUCGCUGUGUACGUGUUAAGGAAAACAUGACGUACACGGAAUUUGUACGUACAUUAUGCGAGGUUUUCAGUUUGAAGUCCACCGAAUGCAAUUCCAUAAUUAGUUACUGGAUGCCGGGAAAGAUGUCAGUGAUGAUAGAAAGUAAACGCCCUCUUGUCUACAUUGACAAUCAAAUGAGCCUGGAUACGUUCUUUUUGAUUCGUGGUGGAGAUCCUAGUGUCAACUUGUUUGUCUCUUUCAUUACAACCGUCAAGGCACUCGGAAAUACUGUCCCUAGGACCGAUGGUGACGAUGCUGAAAGUGACAUUGUGUCUAAAAGUGCAAAGACACCAAAUUCCAUUGUAGCGGCUUCAAAUUUCGAUGCAAAUAAUGAAGCCGUAGAUGAGCAAGACGACGUUGAAGACGAUAAAACAGAUGAGGAUGAAGAGGAGGAGGACAACGAAGAUGGUGAUGGGUAUGAUGAUCAUGAGGGUGACGAUGGAUCUAUGGGGGGGAAGUACCCUCGAUCCUACUAUAGACGGUAGUGAAGGUAGUGGCGAAGAAUACGAUUACAACAAGUGGAAUGAUUUAAUUGAAGAAGAAUAUGAAAUUGGGAAUGUUGAGGAAGACGUCAUUCACACUGAACAUACUGUGGAACAUCCAGGGGAAUUCAGUCGUUUA